AUGCCGCCACCGAAUACGCCCGAAGAAGGCCUCUUGCCUCCAGCCGGUCGCCAUCGCAUGCAACACAACUACAAUGGCGUCGAGCCGAUCGCCACCAGCACCGACCGUGAAGAUUGGGAUGGUGGGGUUCGAGAGGACUAUGCGCACAGCGACGAGAAUCCCAACCUGGCAGUUCUAAACCAUACCCCAGAGUCAGCUCUCUCUCUCGAGCCAGAGCCGGCAGUACUACCGCCGAGCUUGGAUUGGCCGGCCCUUGAAUACGUGGGGGAGGUCAGUCAGAAUUUAUGGUGCCCCAUAUGCCAAGCUCCAUUGGUUAUGCCUGUUGUUACCAGAUGCGGUCAUGUCUUCUGCUCGGGUUGUUUUGAUGGGCUCCUUGAGCACAGCAAUAAGUGCUGCCCGCUGGACCGCAAGUCGUUUUCUCGUGACCUGGAACGCGGUCGCUUUCCCGCGAGACCGGCCCCGCGCAUCAUACAAAACCUGCUUGACGAACUCCAAGUCCGAUGCCCGAACCGGCGUUGCAACAAGGUCGAAACGCGAAGCUCAAUAAAGCGGCACUAUGAAAGGGAAUGCCACUACACCAAGGUGCCAUGUUCUGCCCCGUCUUGUCAGAAGCUUGUUGCACGGAUGGAUGCUGGCGAGGGCUGCAAGCAUAUGAUAGUCCAGUGUCCUCAGUGUUUUAGCCUCAUCGAGGCUUCGGAUGCGGACGAUCAUUGCGAAAAUGACUGCACCAGCGCGGCAAGGGAAUGCGAACAUUGCUGCGCUUCAGUUCUGCGGCAUCGAUACGCUGUUCAUUUACAGCAAGACUGUCCAGAUAUUCCGAGACCCUGUGAGCACGCUGCUGCAGGGUGCACAUACAAGGCAAAACGUUGCCUCAUUGGGGAGCAUGGGCGCGGUUGUGCAUUUGGCGCCAUCGCGCGCAUGGAGCAAAGCUUUCGAAGGGAAAUGGCUUCACUUCGAGAUUUGGCAGAUGGCCAACAGAUGAAGCUUGAACGGCAAGAGAUGAUUAUUCAAUAUUUGACAGAGCGACAAGACAGCUUUCAUCGCACAGGCUUUGACGAAAACGCCAUCCAUUCCUUCAGAUCUACAGGCUUACCGAACAGAUUGGUUUCCGAAGCCUCUUCCAGCACGGCAAGGCGUAACAAUUCUGCAGCGCAUCCUUCAGGCGACGUUAGUUCACUAGCAGACAAUGUAAUCGGGAAUAACAGAGGAGACGCUCCAAGGGCCUCAUGGGCGAACCCAACUUCCGUGGCGUACAGUGGCGACAGCAUGCAGAACGACGCGCACGGCUUCAUACUUGCAGGGUUGACAAGCUGCGAGGAGCGUGUAGAAAGCCUACAACGACGUUUGGCCGAGCAGGAUGCAAGACAAAGUCAAAUGCUUGUCAAUGAGAUUUUGCCUGUGCAGGACCAGCUGACGGAGCUGCGGACGGCCAUUGCUGGGAUCGGUAUGGAUCUGCGAUUUGUAAUCGCUCGCCAAAAAUCCAUGUACAGUGGCAGCAUGAAUCGGCUCAACACUGCCACAAAUGCAGUGACUCCCGUUGGAAGUGGCACUUUGGCAGCCGCCCCUGAACCUGGCUCGAGCGGACAGGGUGCUAGUGCCAACGAUAGGAUGUUUGAUUCUACAGGAAACUAUGGAGUGAUGCAACCCCACGCAAUCACUCCUCCACGUCUUUGA